AUGGAUACCAAUCGAGGGUUUGCAUUUCCCGGGGAAGGACUCGAACGAAGACACUCUGAUACUUGCAUCCCACAGCAGCCAAUGGCCAUGCCAAUGACUACUCAACAUCAAACCACCGAAUUUCAAAACCCACCCCCGCACUACUUUAUGGUUUACACAGAUCAUAAUGGUCAAGUGCACUAUGAUGCUUCCGCUUCUUUCGCGGGAUGUGAAGGGGCCAUAUUCACACCAGAUGUGACGAGCAGAUUCAUGGAAAUGACUGGCCAAGCCAACCAAAGCAGCUCUCAAUUUAUAAGCCCCUCGACCCAACCACCCCACUCCUGGGAUCUACAAUCUUCUGCGUCGUGGGAUCACCCCGCCCAGGCAAGACGUGCCGAUCUGAUCCCAUGCGAAUUGACAUCAAGCCAAAGCCGGAAAAAGGCAAAGAGGACCGGGGGCAUUGUCAAGUCCCGACCCAAGUCUAUCUCUCCACCACCACCAACCGCACCACCAACCGGACAGACUGUGUUGAGGGUGGGCAACCGGGCGUUGCUGCGACGAUACUACGAGAAGGCAUUUGAGGACUUCCAGCAGCUCAACUGCCGUGCUAUCGCCAAGUCUUAUGUGAAGCUUGUCGAACCGAGGAAACAGGUUCAUUAUCCGUACAAUGGACGUCGAUCUAUUGCCGGUGUGACGCAGACCGACAACCCAGAGCAAACCAAGCCUGGAUGGUGGCCUGCCGGUGUGGUGCACAAGGAGCCGGAUCAUCUUCUUAAGCCAGAUCGAUUGCGACUUCUCGUCCACAUUCUCUGUGAGUUGAAAGACAGCCACGGAGUCACCACAGACAAGUUGCGAGAUGCCGGUCAAGAUGUACGACGUCAGAUUACACCUGCGCACCGACUGUGCGUUCUAGAUGAGAUCUACUAUGUACGACGCAUGGAAGAGAGAUACCUGGAUGGGGAAAUUGAUGCGAACACCAUGAUUCAGGUGUCGCAGACUCAUCUCCCGGAAGCCAUUUUCCAUGACAGCAAUGAGCUUCCAUCUCGCGCACAUGCAGCACCAAUGACAGUGUCAGCACACAAAAGAGAAAACGCCAUGCUCGAUCCAAGCGAUGACUCCAAUAUCCCUACGGCUGACGAGGAAGAUUCGAAAAUGCAUCACACGCACGGUCUAGUACCUCUCUCCCCCACGAAUAGUGAGUCCAGUGGAUCGCACAGCCCGACAGGUGGAUUUGGAUACGGAUUGCCUAUGGCACCCUCGGUGCAUGUAAUCCCUCCUCAUGAGUCACCCGUCGCCCCGAAGCCUAUGCAGGCGAGUCCUGGCUAUCUCAAUGGAUAUUAUACGCAAUCAUUUGUGUCCGAUAAAGGACCCGCGUACUGGCCGCAUACCAACCCUGUGUCGCAGUACGGAUACUGA